AAGCAGUCGAAAUGCGUGCACCGUUUUGUUAUUACUACAGCGGCAAUAGGUCACACGUCUAGCGUCUGCACUGCACUUCGCCGUACAUAUGUUUAGCUAUAUAAGCCAAAGUCAAAGACAAAGUGCUAGUCUAACCUCAACAUUCUACCGCCCAACGUACAACAAACACCUGCUGUUUUAAGGACACUAUUAUUUCACAUUUACUUUUAAUCACAUUCAAUAUGGAUUCAGUACACGACGACGUAAAAGAAUACUACGGGAAGACGAUUCAAACUGCCACCGACCUACUGACGGAUACCUGUCAGCUCGGGGCAAGCACGGCGAAGGAUAAGCUCAGCGUUCGGCAGGCGAUCUCCUCUGUUCACGAUGACAUACUCGCAACGUACUAUGGAUGCGGUCUGACUAUUCCGAGCCUGAUAGAGGAUGCAAGGGUCGUUGACUUGGGAAGCGGAACUGGACGUGAUUGUUAUGCAAUCAGCAAGCUCGUCGGUCCUAAAGGAUUUGUCGUAGGCGUUGAUAUGACAGAUGAACAGCUCGAGCUUGCCAGAAAGUAUGUGACCCACCACCAGGAGAAGUUUGGCUACCCCGCCCCUAACGUAGAGUUCAGAAAGGGCUACAUUGAGAACCUGAAAGAUGCUCACGUGGAGGAUAACCAGUAUGACAUUGUUGUGUCCAACUGUGUGAUAAACCUCUCCCCUGACAAACCGUCGGUGGUCCGUGAAGCUCACCGGGUCUUGAAAGAAGGCGGCGAGUUCUACUUCUCAGAUAUCUACGUCCAGCAGGACAUCCCAGAACACAUCAGGAAACACAAAGUAUUGUGGGGUGAAUGUCUGGCUGGCGCCCUCUGUUGGACAGAUUUGGAGAAGUACGCUGAGGAGAUAGGGUUUACCAAACCUCGUGUUGUAACAGCACGGAAGGUCAAAGUUGAGGAUAAGAAGCUACUGGAAGUCACAGGAGACAUUGUUUUCAUGUCAGUAACGUACAGACUGUUCAAGCUGUCCAAGGAUGACUGUAAGAACCCUGCGGUGGUGACAUACAACGGAACACUCGCCGAAUAUGAGACCGAGCUUCCCUUUGACAUAGAGAACACCUUCAAGGCUAACGUUCCUGUCAAGGUAGAUGCAGAAUUAGCAGAGAUCAUGAGGAAGUCAAGAUAUAGCAAAGUCUUCACAAUUGGAGAUGGUGCAAAGAGUGGCGAAACCGAGAUCGCCAAGGAUUGCCCAGUGGAUCCCUAUGUGUACCUAGGCUGCGCUGAUGCGGCUCCGGGCUGCUGUUAACUGGUCUCCAACUGUCUAGGACCAAGUCUUACUCAAUUCAGGCCUGGUGUUUAGUUUCAGGACUAUAACCCAUCACAUUUAGGAAUAUGGCUCACUCCAUUCAGGAUCAGGUCUUGAUUCAUUAUGAACCAGGACUCACUCUAUUUAGGACCAUAUCUCUAUUGAAGACUAGGAUCCAAUUCAUUUAGGAGCGCGACUGACUGUAUUCAGGACUAUGACUUCCACUUGGCCUAGAACUCACUCCAUUCAGGGUCAGGUCUUCAAUCAGUUUGGACCAGGACUCGGUCUUAUCAAGAACCAUGACUCAUCAAUUUAAAAAUGGGCUUACUUCAUCCUGGACCAGGACACAUCUCACUAAGGACCAAGACUUCCACUCAGAACCAGAACUCACUCCAAUAGGAUCAAGUCUCGGUUCACUCAGGACCUGGACUGACUUCAUUCAGGUCCAGCUCUUCAAGGAUAGCCUACUCUAAACCCUAUCAAUGAACCUUUCUAGAAGGGUCAUUAGCUUAAUACCUAACUUUAACUUUUUUUUCUUCUUUUUGUCCUAAGCUUACCACAAGAGCAGUUUGAAGUUAUGAAAUCAUGUAUCAAAUAUUGCUUGUAGACUAGCAGUCAUCAAACCAUUAUUAGUUAGAGGCUGUGAAUAACUAUGAAAUCAUGUACCAAGUUUUGCUCGUAGACUAGCAGUCAUCAGACCAUUAUUAUUUAGAGGCUGUGAAUAAUUAUGAAAUCAUGAACCAAAUUUUGCUUGUAGACUAUAAGUCAUCAGACCGUCAUUAUGAUCACUGUUCAAUAAUGAAAGUAGACAGAAGACUACAGCAUUAUAUAUCCAGUAGAAACACGCUGUUUCUGAGCAUACACUGCCUGUGUCAAAUGCAUGUGUGCCUACCAGUAUACGCUGUAUGAAUCUAGUUAUAUCAUUGUUCAUUUAUCUUUGAAUCAGUGUGCAUCUCCAAAGUGAAAAUAUUGUAAGAACUUGUGAGCCCAUCUGAUGGACAUAUUCAUAUUUUCUAGUCCUAUUUUAAUUUCAGUCACACUUGUAUGAUCAAAAUUCACAAACUCUGAGAGAUGUUGCAUCAUGUCUGCUUUACAAGCAUUGCCCAUCAUUACAUGUUUGUAUUCAUAUGUAAUCUAGAAUGGAAUAGAGUUCAACUUAAAGUUUGCAAAUAUUAUAAGAUGCAUCAUCAAUGAUGUUAUGAGUGUUAUCAGCAAAAUUACUCGCAAUAUUUUCAUCUUGCUGUGUGUGCAGGUCUUCAUUCUGAAUUGAUAUUAAUGGGUUUUCAAGAUUUCCUACAGAAACAAAAGACUCUUUCUUAGGGGUGAAUUUUUUUUCUUAAAAUUUGUUUUUAAUCCAUAUUUGAGCAAUCUACUAGAGCUUUUGUUUAUAUCAGGCUCCCGUGGACCUCUCACUGAUUGUCUUUUUUGUUUCUUUGUUUUCUUUUAAACCAUUAAGGAGAUACCUUUACUUCCAAAAGGUAAAUAAUUUGCUCUUCCAUUUUAGCCUUGAAAUCAAAUAAAGAGACUUCAGAAAAUAAGUUUAAUUUUAGAGUGAUAUACCAUAUUAUAAUACAAUGUGCUUCUACAUAAUACUUCAUGCUAAUUCAAUGCAACUCAGGAACAAUAAUACGAAUGACAUCAUGAUCCUGGUUUUUGUAGUUUAUAUAUGCAGCUUCACAUCAUUAUUUUAGUUGUAAUACUUUUUUAAAGGUAUUAACAGGUAUUGUAGUAAACAUGUGAAAAAUAAUGGUAUGAUAUGCAUGUUUAUCAUUACACCAUGUUAAUGAGUAAUGGUAAUUGAAAUGAUUACUAGGAAAUGAAGCGUAAGUUGUGAUAUCAUUGAUUGUUGUACAUGUAUUUGAUUUACAUAUGUAAAUAAAAGAUAUAUUGAUAUUUGACGGGUAGGAUUUAUAGGCAAUUUUGAUGACAUGAUUUAUCAGUUAUUAAAUAGCAAAGGAGUUUUACAGAGGAAUAAUAAAGGCAAAUAAGAAUGAGCGUGUUUGACUGUAAUAGUAUUUAUGAGUAAGUUGAUGAAAUACAGAUAAUGAAAAUGGUAUUAUAGAGGCAGUCCACCCUGAUAAUUAUCUGGAAUUAAU